GUGUUUAUAGAAAACAGCCCUGGCCUAGUCUAGUGUGUUCAUAUUUUUUUUCCUCCCUGGAAGACAACACAUGGAGGAAUAGCUAGCUACGUAUUGAAAUGUAUUGUUGUAAUUGCUUAUGAAAUGUUGUACUCUUAACGUUUAAUGCCACGCAUUGUCUAGGUUUGGCAGUACCCGCACAGUACCCGCCAAGAAGACUGGCUGGAUUAUGAAAAGGUAGAGAUGCGGUUUUAAAAUCAACUAGAUAACGUUACCUAGCCUAUUCGUCAGUACUGAGUUGUAGCCUAGCCUACAUUAGAUAGCAGUCUCUGUUGAAAAGUACGCAUUGAAGAACUUGCGCUAGCCUACAUUUUCUGUCAGAAAACGCCACGAUGCAAAAUCCGGACUCGGGGCAGGGAGAAUCCACCAAGGACGCAUCUGGGUCGGCCCAUUCCGAAAAGAAUGCACCGAAUAACUUAGAAAUUGAAACCCCCAAACCACAAGGCGUUGACGCUGUAUCGGUUCUUUGGACAUUUGGCAAGUGCCUAGGUGCCUUGCUGCCCGUUUACCUGGCAGGGUACUACCGGGUUAGCACCAGUCUGUUGGUGUUCGGGCUCAUGGUCUACACGGGAUGGAAGCACUCACGCGAGGCAAAAGAAGCUCGUCUGCGGUCUGCAAUUCACCACAAUGACAACGAACAACAAUAUACAGACAUGAAAAUGUUCAAAAGUAAAAAGGAUCUCCCUGCUUGGGUCAACUUCCCAGAUGUGGAGAAGGUGGAAUGGCUCAAUAAGAUCCUGCAGCAGGUGUGGCCGUUUGUGGGUCAGUAUCUGGAAAAGCUGCUAGUGGAGACCAUCGCUCCGUCCAUCCGUGCCUCCAGCACUCACCUCCAGACCCUCACCUUCACUAAGGUGGACUUUGGGGACAAGGCCAUGAAGGUGGUGGGUGUAAAAGCACACACAGAGAAUGAGCGGGGACAAGUCCUGCUGGACGUGUACAUCAGCUAUGUUGGAAAUGUUGAGAUCAAUGUGGAGGUGAAGAGGUAUUUCUGCAAAGCAGGAGUCAAGGGAAUACAGCUGCAUGGGAUGAUGCGGGUGAUUCUGGAGCCUCUGAUUGGAGAUGUCCCAAUCGUGGGCGCAGUCACCAUGUUCUUUAUCCGCAGGCCGAAACUGGACAUCAACUGGACUGGACUGACCAACUUACUGGACAUCCCUGGUCUGAACAUUAUGUCUGACACCAUGAUAAUGGACGCCAUCGCUUCCUUCCUGGUUCUGCCCAACCGUCUGACUGUUCCCCUGGUAGCAGACCUGCACAUUGCCCAGCUACGCUCUCCUCUGCCCAGGGGUGUGGUGCGUAUCCACCUCUUGGAGGCUGAUGACCUGCCAGCUAAGGACAACUACAUUAAGGGGGUGAUAGCAGGGAUGUCUGACCCUUACGCCCUGUGUAGGGUGGGUCCUCAGACCUUCACCUCCCACGUUGUGGACAACACUGUCUGUCCCAAGUGGGAGAGAUCUUAUAGCGUCAUAGUCCAUGAAGUACCAGGUCAGGAGCUGGAGGUGGAGGUGUAUGACAAAGACCCAGACCAGGAUGACUUUCUGGGGAGAACCAAGAUAGAUUUGGGUAUCGUGAAGAAGUCCAAAGUUGUUGAUGAAUGGUUCACCCUGAAAGAAACCAAGUCAGGACGGGUCCAUUUCAGACUGGAGUGGUUGGUCUUGCUGCCCAAUACAGAGCAACUGGAGCAGGUUCUUCAGAGGAACAAGAGCUUGACAGUGUCCAGUAAGACUUCUGAUCCCCCCUCGGCAGCCAUCUUGGCAGUGUAUCUGGACAAGGCUGAAGCCCUUCCUAUGAAGAAGGGCAACAAAGAACCCAGUCCCAUGGUGCAGUUGUCUGUGCAGGACAUCACCCGAGAGAGCAGGACCUGUUGGACGACAAUCAACCCAGAGUGGGAGGAUGCCUUCACCUUCUUCAUCCCAGAUCCACGCAAGCAGUCAAUAGACAUUCAGGUGAAAGACAAUGACCGGAUUCAGACUCUAGGUAGCCUGUCCAUCCCUCUGUCCCGUCUGCUGUCCAGCCCCAACCUGUCUCUGGACCAGUGGUUCCAGCUAGACAAAUCUGGCCCUGCCAGCCGCAUCUACAUCAACACUGUACUCAGGGUGCUAUGGUUGGAUGAGGAUAACAUUCCCACUUCCUCUACAGAGGCAGCUAACCUAGCAGCUGGUCUCUCAAAGAUACGCCCCCAACAGACCUCCCCUGACCCCAGCUUUGCCACAGAGGGGGUGCUGAGAAUCCACCUUCUAGAGGGCCAAAAUCUGGUCCCCAAGGACAACAUGAUGGGGGGCAUGGUAAAGGGCAAGAGUGACCCCUAUGUCAAGAUCAACAUUGGGGGUGAGACCUUUGAAAGUCGGGUCAUCAAUAGGAACCUCAACCCCACCUGGAACGAGAUGUACGAGGUGGUUCUGACCACGCUGCCUGGCCAGGAGCUGCAUGUAGAGAUGUUUGAUAAGGACAUGGACAUGAAGGAUGACUUCAUGGGCAGGUUGAAGAUUAGUUUGAAGGAUAUCAUCACCUCUCAGUACACUGACCAGUGGUACACUCUGAAUGAUGUGAAGUCAGGUCGUGUUCACCUGGUACUGGAGUGGGUACCUACAGUAUCAGAGCCAGGCAUACUGGACCAGGUGUUCCAGUUCCAGUCCAGGCAGUCCUACCACAACAAGGCCAUUCCCUCCAUGGCUCUACUCUUUGUGUUUGUGGAUAGGGCAGACGGUCUACCACUGAAGAAGAGUGGGAAGGAGCCAAAAGUGGGAGCUGAACUUGUUGUGGGGGGAACCUCCCAUAAAACUACAGUGUGUGAUCGCACCAUCUCACCCCAGUGGGACGAGGCCUUUUGCUUCCUGGUUCAUGACCCCAGAGAAGAGAUCCUCAUAGUGAAGUUGUCUCACAGUUGGACCUUGCCUAUUGGUUCUCUGGUGGUACCAAUCAGAGAGCUGCUGUCAGAACCAGAUCUGGUCCUGGAUCAGUGGCUGAGUCUGGAUGGAGCCUCACCUGACAGUCAGAUUCUACUGAGGGCUGAACUCAAGGUGCUGUGUCCCAAGAAGUGUGAGAUUGAUGUGGAAAGGGCAGAUCAACCCAGAGCUCGAGACGCCUCUACUGCUGAACAGAGACUGGAGAGAAACACAGUGCAGAAGAGGUCUAGUUCAGUGGACACUCCCAGUGCUCCAGUCCCCAACCUUCCCUCUAUCCCAGCAGCAGAGCCAGAGGAGGCUAAGAGAGUAACAGCUACUGAGAUGGUUUCUGGGAAAGUACCUGAGGAGCUCACUGAGGAACCCAGUCCUCCUGAAACACUCCCCACACACACCAACCCUGAUCCCAGCUUUGGCUCUGAGGGGGUGCUGAGAAUCCACCUACUGGAGGCCGAGAAUCUUAUCGCCAAGGACAACCUGAUGGGGGGCCUGAAGAAGGGCAAGAGUGACCCCUACGUCAAGAUCAACAUCGGAGGGGUCAAGUUUAAAAGUCAUGUGAUCAAGGAGAACCUCAACCCUACCUGGAACGAGAUGUAUGAGACUGUGAUGUCGCCACAGCCGGGUCAGGAGGUCCAGGUAGAGCUGUAUGAUAAAGACAUGGACAAGGAUGACUUCCUGGGCAGGUGUAACAUCAGUGUGAGAGACAUCAUACACUCCCAGUAUACAGACCAGUGGUACACUCUGAAUGAUGUGAAGUCUGGUCGUGUUCACCUGGUACUGGAGUGGGUACCUACAGUAUCAGAACCAGACAGACUUGAUCAGGUGCUGCAGCUGCAGUCUCUCCAGUCCUACCAGAACAAGGCUGUUCCCUCUGCUGCUCUCCUCUUCGUCUACAUGGAUAGAGCCCACUCUCUGCCUUUUAAGAAGAGUGGGAAGGAGCCAAAGGCUGGGGCUGAGCUAGUUCUGGGGAAGACAACCUACAGAACCAAGGUGUGUGAUCGCACCAACUCCCCCCAGUGGGAUGAAGCUUUCUACUUCCUGGUUCGUGACCCCAGAGAGGAGAUACUCAUAGUGAAGCUCUCCAGUGCUUGGGAUCAGGCAAUAGGUUCUCUGGUGGUACCAGUCAAAGAACUGCUGUCAGAACCAGAUCUGGUCCUGGAUCAGUGGCUGAGUCUGGAUGGAGCCUCACCUGACAGUCAGAUUUUACUGAGGGCUGAGCUUAAGAUCCUGAACUCAAAGAUGACUGAGGGUGUUGGGGUACCACAAGGUCCAGAAACGAUUCCUCUUGGGAGAGACAGUGAGGAGCUAGUUACUGCGACCAAUGAGGAGGAGCAACACAAUGAGGUGCCCUCUGAAGAGUCUGUUGCAGUCUCCAGCCAACCCUCUAUCUCAGAAUCUGAAGAAGAAGAGGUGGUCUUUAAGGCCGCCAAAGAAGACCCCAGCCCUCCUGAGACACUCCCCACACACACCAGCCCUGAUCCCAGCUUUGAUACUGAGAUAGAGGAGUCAGAAGACGGUGAGGUGGAGGAACCUAUCACCAUCACCCAACAGUCAGUCACAGCAGACACUGAGGACCUCCAACCCUGGCAUGGGCCAACGGCAGGGUCUGGUAUAGAGGACAUUGCCAGAGCUACAGUGUCUAGCCUUCCCUCUGUGUCUGUACCUGAGGAAGCUGAGGCUAUGCCUGAUGUCGUCCUUGAAACACGCCCUCCUCACACCACCCCUAACCCCAGCUUUGGCACAGAGGGGGUGAUGAGAAUCCACCUACUGGAGGCCCAGGAUCUGGUUGCCAUGGAUAAGCUGAUGGGGGGCCUGAAGAAGGGCAAGAGUGACCCCUACGUCAAGAUCAACAUCGGAGGGGUCAAGUUUAAGAGUCUUGUGAUCAAGGAGAACCUCAACCCUACCUGGAACGAGAUGUAUGAGACUGUGCUGACCCCCCAGGCUAGAGAGGAGAUCCAGGUAGAGCUGUAUGAUAAAGACAUUGACUCUGAUGACUUCCUGGGCAGGUUUAUGAUCAGGCUGAGUGAUGUCAUUAGGUCCCAGUAUACAGACCAGUGGUACACGCUGAAUGAAGUGAAGUCAGGUCGUGUACAUCUGUUACUGGAGUGGGUACCUACAGUAUCACAACCAGACAGACUGGAUCAGGUGCUGCAGCUGCAGUCUCUCCAGUCCUACCAGAACAAGGCUGUUCCCUCUGCUGCUCUCCUCUUUGUCUAUAUGGACAGAGCCCACUCACUGCCUUUAAAGAAGAGUGGGAAGGAGCCAAAGGCUGGAGCUGAGCUAGUUCUGGGGAAGACAACCUACAGAACCAAGGUGUGUGAUCGCACCAACUCCCCCCAGUGGGACGAGGCUUUCUACUUCCUGGUUCGUGACCCCAAAGAAGAGAUGCUUAUAGUGAAGCUCUCCAGUGCUUGGGAUCAGGCGAUGGGUUCUCUGGUGGUACCAAUCAGAGAGCUGCUGUCAGAACCAGAUCUGGUCCUGGAUCAGUGGCUGCGUCUCGAUGGAGCCUCACCUGACAGUCAGAUUCUACUGAGGGCUGAGCUUAAGAUUCUGGACUCUAAAAUUGUGGAGCUGAUAGGUCAAGGAACUCUGCCGUGCGCUGCAGGAAACUGUGGGCAGGUGAAGCUGUCUCUUUCCUAUGCCUCAAAGGAGAAGAAACUCACCAUUGCAGUCCAUGCCUGCAGGGGUCUGGAGUCCUCCAGUAAGGAUGGUCUAGACACCUACAUCUCGCUCAUGCUGCUGCCAGACAAAACCAAGGCCACCAAGAGGAAGACAAGCGUCAAGAAGAGAGACCUGAACCCAGAAUAUAACGAAAGGUUUGAGUUUGAUCUGUCUGUGGAGGAGGCCAGGCGCAGGCGUCUGAGUGUGUCGGUGAAGAACAGCUCAGCCUCCUUCAGGAGCAGCGAUAUCAUUGGACAGGUGCACAUAGAGCUGGCUCAGAUUGACAUGGCCUCUGGAGUCACAGAAUGGUUUGACUUGAAAGAGGAGGCUGAAUAGUGGAUCUGUCUGCAGCUGUCAUACCUGUUAUACCACAUGUUUAAAGUUCACCUAUACAGCCUAACUCACGCAGAUGCCUUCCCCCACCUACCUAACACAUUUACCACUACUGCAGCCUGCCCUGUCCUUUCACCUCUCGUCACCAGUCUGCCUGUUAAUGUCUUUCUCUAUAUAUCCACAUAUCAAUAUUAUCACUAAAGACAGGGCAACUCAAUACGUCAGACAAUCUGUAUUGGACCAGAAAGUCAGUAUUAUAUAGUUUCAUCUGAUGUUUAUACCUAGUAUUAAUAGUUAUUAAGUAAUAGUUAUGAAGGUCAAAAUGUGUAUAUACUUAUGAAUGUUACAUACCUUAAGAAGGUUAAGGGUUAUACCUGCGUACUUUAAGAACUGAUGAGGGUUAUACCUGCUUAUGAAAGUUACUUUUGAAGUUUAUAUGACUAAAUUCUUAGGGUUAUUUGAAGAUCAUAUGAAGGUUAUGUACGUUGAAGAUUAAUGUACUAAUGAAUGAUUGCUACAUGCAUUUAUCUUGCUAGAGUAAUCUAUCAGUAAGGAAGGAGUUAACGUUAUCAAGGUAAAGAAACUCUUUCCUGAAACAGGAAGUGAAUAGGGACCAGCAAAACGUGUAGUCAGGAUACGGUAUCAGUUCGGUAUUUGAUAAUACCAAAGUAACAAACAUGAUUUGGAAGAUAUAUCAGGGAAUACCAUAAUGUAUUAUGGAAUGUUGUUUGUUGUGGAACAUUGUUAAGUAUGUUAAUACUAAUAGAAGGAUAAUGAGGAAUAUGUAAGAUUGAAAGUACAGUAUGAUGGUCUUAGAUACAGUAUGGGUCCUUGCAUUUUCAGUCUCAUGUAGUGAGAUACACAGUACACCUUAACCCACACGCCUUUACUCAUUGUCUAGUCAGGAACCUCCCUUACUAAAAGAGCAUUGAUUUUAUGUUACCUUACUUUGCCUUAUGUUAUUACACAGAGACGACCACUAUAGUAUAUACCAAUGAUCUAUACAGUACUGUCAUCCAUGCAUUAUCCAUGUGAAAUGCACCCAAUGGCCAAAGUCACUCUGAUAAUACAGAUUACAGAUACUGACCAGUGGGGUUCAAAAGUGUUACAUGGAGUGUUAACAGUUAUUCCUUUCAAACUAAUAAGACAAAUUAUAUAUCUGUUGCCAUUUUUAUUUUCCUCAUUCAUUGUCAUAGUGUUGAUUAUGCACCAUUCCAUUUUGUUACAUAUCUUUUUGUUUGAACUUUUAAAACAUUUUACUUGCCCUUGUGUUACUAUACUGCUUUGAUGUGUUUAACAUUAGUUUUGAUGUGUAUCUUUGUUUUAUUGCAGCAGAUUUUUUUAACACAUUGCCAACAUGAAAAUACCAUAGAAAAAAUAAAGACGAAAAUAAAAUAAGUGUGCAUCGUGGCAGUCAAACACUUUUUGCACCUUGAGAAGA